AUGAGUAUGUGGUAUUCUAUUGGUACUAUUAUGGGAUAUGGUGCAGAUUUUCAUGUUCAAACAGCUGCCGGACGAUUAUUAACUAUAGGUUUAUAUCUCUUAAGUCUGGUAUUAAUGGCAACAUAUACUGCAAAUUUAGCAUCUGAUUUGACAAUAUCAAAAUCAAAGGAUACUAUUUCUGGCAUUGAUGAUAUCAAAAAUGGAAAGAUACCAUUUAGUCGUAUUGGUAUUCUUGUAGAAUCAUCACAGGAAGAUUAUUAUUUACGUGAAAUUUCUGAAGGUGUUCGUAAUUAUUAUCCAUUGAAAACACAAGAUGAAUUGUAUAGCAGUUUAUUAAAUAAUUUAGUUGAUGCAUCGAUUUUGGAUACUAGUGCUAUAGAAUAUUAUACUAAUAAUAUAUAUUUUAAUUUAACAUUUGUCGAGAAAGAUUUUGCCCCGAGUUCAUAUGGUAUUGCUUAUCCUAAACAAUGGUUAUAUGGAAAAGAUUUAGAUGUCAUUAUAUUAUCGUUAAGAGAAUCAGGUGUUCUUGAUGAUUUAAAAGAGAAAUGGUUUGAUAAAAACGUUUGUCAACAUUCAUCUUCAUCUUAUGUAUCUACUAGUAUUAAACUGGAAGAAAUGAGUGGCUUAUUUGUUACUUUUGGUCUUAUCAGUAUUCUAUCUAAUUCAAUUCGUCGACUUGAUUUACAGAAUGGACAUUGUCUAAAACGUGAUCGGUGCUUCAAUAGUGAACAGUGUGCAGCAUUUCUUCGUUCAUCAUGGGCCAAACAAUGCGAAAUUCUUGAAAUUGUUGUUAAUGAUCAAUCGAUGAUAGAUGAUCUAGUCAAUGAUAUAACCAAUUUAAAAGCUUUAAAAGUGAUGUUACAACCCGGUCGGUGGGAUGAUCAUUUUCCGAGCAGAGAAGAAAUGAUUAGAUGGAUGGCAUCGCAAUAUUCACGAACUUUCGCCAAGAACAUAAUUGAUACUGAAACUAUGCGAUUUUGGAUUUGCUGAUAAACUAUGUAAAUGUAAAUGAACUAAAAUUGUUUUACUUAUAUAUAUAUAUUUGAACUUGAAAUUAUGAAUAAAAUUUUGAUUGAAAUUGAUUAUUUUCAAAUUAGAUGAAGCAUGAUCGGUUAUAAUGAAUAGUUUCAUUUUCCAAUGCUUUACAUAUGAUAAUUAUUUAAUUUCUGUUUUAGAAAUUAUGUGGUGUUUUAACGAUUAAAAUGUAUUGGAAAUAUUCAUCAUUAAUGUAUUUUCAAUAAAUGAAACUAAAAAAGCUUUUUAAGCCAUAUCCUCCUGUGUAGAAUACGAUAGAUCUCGAGAGAGAAAAUGAAUAUCAAUAUGAGAAAAAUAAUAAAAAAGCGGUCAUGGGGGUGACCAAUGGGGGGAUUCCGUGGUAGUGAUAACCCAUUAGCCUUCGGACCGCAUUGUGUUUCUGUAUAAAUCU